CACGCGCCGGAAGUGGGCUUGCGGACUGGGACCAAACGUCGCGGACGCUGGUGGGCCUGAGGCUCCGUGUGACGCCGUAAACCAGGCAGCUUCACGGCGUUAGGAGGCGUCCAUUGCCAUGACGGCCCAGGGCAGCCUGGUGGCCAACCGAGGCCGGCGCUUCAAGUGGGCCAUUGAGCUGAGCGGGCCUGGAGGAGGCAGCAGGGGCCGAAGUGACCGGGGCGGUGGCCAGGGCGACUCGCUGUACCCCGUUGGUUACUUGGACAAGCAAGUGCCGGAUACCAGCGUGCAAGAGACGGACCGGAUCCUGGUGGAGAAGCGCUGUUGGGACAUUGCCUUGGGUCCCCUCAAACAGAUUCCCAUGAACCUCUUCAUCAUGUACAUGGCAGGCAAUACUAUCUCCAUCUUCCCUACUAUGAUGGUGUGUAUGAUGGCUUGGCGACCCAUUCAGGCACUUAUGGCCAUUUCAGCCACUUUCAAGAUGCUAGAAAGUUCAAGCCAGAAGUUCCUUCAGGGUUUGGUGUAUCUCAUUGGAAAUCUCAUGGGUUUGGCAUUGGCUGUUUAUAAGUGCCAGUCCAUGGGACUGUUGCCUACACAUGCAUCAGACUGGUUAGCCUUCAUUGAACCUCCUGAGAGGAUGGAGUUCAGUGGUGGUGGACUGCUUUUGUGAACCUGAGAAAGCAGCACCUGGUGACCAUGUAUUUGGAUCUCAUUUACAACCUUCUUUACCCCCAGUGAUGACUCCUCAGCAUAUUCACCCCUAACAUUAUCACUCGUGCUGAAAAGAACUGAAAACACCUUUUUUUCCAGGGUGAGGAGACAUCCUAGAAAGAUAAUGUAUAUAUCAUUACAAACACAAAGAAACUAUGCCACAACCCUUGACUGAAAAUAAUGUAGAAAACUUUAUUUAUGUUUUCAGUAUAGAGCAAAACAACAAAUAAAACCGUAACUAUGUAAACAAAAGAAUAGUUGCUGCUAAACCAAGAACCACAGCAGCAUCUCCUUUCAAUAAAUUAAAUGGUCAAGAACAGUGCUUUAAAAAUAUUAUAUAGGUUUCCCUUAAAUCUGUUUUCCUUAAUAUUUCACUUCUAUUUAACAUAAGCUCGGACAUAAAACUUCUGUUGGAGACACUUGUGGAAGGUGUGAGAAACUAAUGCUGGAUUCUGAUUAUACAUGAUGAAAAGAAAAAUAAACCAGACAAAAAGCACAUAAAUAUAAUUACAGUAAGUUGCUACUUUAAUAUCCACAACGGAUUUUUAAUACAUUUAGGGGGAAUGAGGAUUGGAGGAAUCAUUGGGGCCACAGGAAUCUGAGGCAAUGGAAGGUACAAAGUAGGCAUCUUUCCCCUGCCAAGAGGAACCUGGUACCUGUCAAACAGAUGCUGCAGUUCAAACUUCAGCUUUUAAGAAAGCUAUAGAAGGCAGAGGGCCAGUAAUUGGAAAAUGUAUGUUAUCAUAACCUGCCCUGGUAAAGUCAUAGCUAAGACUUAAAAGUUGGAUCUUAUUCAAAAGGCAGGAGGAGGUCUUUUCUUUCUCUUCCUUCUUGAAACACAAAACCCCUUCCCCUAAGGUGCAUUCUCAUUAAGUUUUCCGUAUUGCUUUAUUUGCAGUGAUUAAAGGAGACAAGAUACUUUGUAGACAAACAACAUAAGCAACACAGAGACAUGAAAUGCUCUAGGUAGAGAUGAGUUUAAAUCUGGCCUAAUAACCAUUUUCCCACGUAACAAUGAUUUUGUAUUUAGGGGCUGAAGUAGUGGCUAUAUUAAUAGCCAUGAAUUCCCUUAUCCCUUUAAAAGAAUCUUAUAGAGCUCUAACCACAAAAUGCUUUUAAAACUAACCUUAAUUCCACCAAUAUUUUUCCCCAUAUGGAAAUACAUAUAAAUAUCACUUUAGCCAGAAGGUAUGUGUAAAUGUAGAGGAAUUCCUGGGCAGGCAGACUUUUAGAGCAUGGAUCUUCAAUAUUUUGAAUCCUGGGGAACCUGUCCUACUGCUGGACUCAACUAAACAAUGGAGUGUUGCAAUGGAAGCAGUAAAUAAUGCUUCUAUCCUCUGUAGGAAGGAGCAGAAUAAAAGACAAAAUUCUGUCUGCUUUGCUACCAUGACGGCCUGAAGGUUGAAAGAAAAGUAAAAGGAAUACAUUGAAAUGACUCAAUUUCUUAAGUCAUAUUGAAGGGUUUUCUCUGUAAAGGUCAAAUGAAUAGUCUGCUGGUACCUAGGUCAGCUUGCUCCAUAUCCUAAUGGGUAAUCGAAAAAGUGCCACUAUUGAUCAGUAAAGUGAAACUGUAAAGCCAAAAAUAUAGGCAAAUAGUUUUUCUAAAUAACCCAUCUACAUAUAUUUGAAAUUACCAUUUAGUCACACAGAAUAAUUUCAUUAUGCUUGGAAAACAGGUGUUUUUGUGAUCAAUAAAUUAGCAAAUAAGCUAAGCUUGCAUAAGUAUUUCCGUAACAUACUUAAAGUUCUAAAGCAAAACUGAAAUAGCAGAAGACUGUUGGCUUGGACAGUCUCCUAGUUUAGAGCCAAGUUUCUGCAGUCAGAAUGCAGAAUUAAAAUGGAAAGGAAAAUGGGCAUACUUGGCAUUUAGGCGAGUGCCUCAAGUCUUCACUAUGGCUUUAGAAAUGAGUCCACAGGUUUCUUAGUGAAAGAAGUUACUUGAAUAGGCCAAUGCCAUUUGUAUGCCACCUUAGUGAAGUAGGUAAGCGAGUAGCAGCAUCUUAAUAACUUUGGCACUACUGAAGGAAUACGGCUCUAGAACUUCAAAUUCCAUUGCUGGAUUUCCCCUUGGAAAGAUAGAAACCUUUUAGGAAAGAAUUUUAGCCAGGCUUCCUAGUGUUUGUUCCUGUGAUUUUUGACCUGUGUCUACUAACCCAGAGGACAUAAAAGAGAGAAGGAAAGGUGAACCUAUUGGUCAGUGUACAUUAUAUUUCUUAGAAAACAGCUUGUAUGUUUUGCCCUUUUCACACAGAUAACCAGAUUAUAUUCCAGUAAUUCUUAAUAGCUAUCUUAGAAUUUCCUUAAUUUGGCCAUUUGAAAAGUACCUGAAAGAAAUAAUUUUUACUCUACUGUUUAAAAAUUUCCAUGUUAACACUGCCUACAUUACAAUCUUAAUCACAGAGAUUAAGGGGUUUGAAAACCAAAAGCUGAAAUAUACAACAACCCAGUAUGUGUACAUACACUGCUUUUUGGGGGAAAUCUUGUUUUGGAGGACGAAGUAGAAGCUGCAGCCAUAUUUCAGAUUUUGUAUAUCAGUACCCUAAUUUAAAAUUAGAGUCCUGCAAAGCAGUGGAUACACUCAAGAAAAUUAGCUUAAAAAGGUUUUCAUCUUGGUUUGCCAUAGGUCAUCUUCACCAGGAUGUUAGGUCCCCAUACACUUGGCCAUGAAUGCCUUAGAAUGAUGAUGUUUUUUCUCUGUUGAACCAUGACUUCCGAGACUCAAUCUUUAAUGCUGGAUAUGUACUUGCUUUUUGUCUUCAGUUGAAUUUCUGGUAUGCCUUCUGACAACUCAUUUUAUUGGUUAGCUUGUUAAUUCUAACUUGCCUUCAGCUGGUACAGACAUGGCUUUAGUAAUUGACCAUUUUUCUAAUGUUGAGGGAAUAUUUGCUUCUGUAAGGGGGGCAGAUGAUAUGAGAGCAAAAAGCAGAACUGUGACGUUUUUGCACAAGUACUUGAGGCUCAGCUUGUCAAGAAUUCACUCAGAUGAUGUGUAUAGGACACAGGCCUCUAGUUAGUGGGACUGGUAGUAAAGAGCUGGCACUCAUGGAGGAUGGAAGCCUUUUGGGAAACAUGAAGCCAAGCAGAGUCAUUCGGGAGGAAAUUACGAAUAAAUGGUGAUCACUUCACUGCCACCACCUCGGACAAGGAGGACUCGCUCUAGUCCCUCGGUGAGCACUUCCAGGAACUCCAUGUCUUCAGAAUUUGUCAAGGAGACAAAGGCAGAAGAAGAGCACACUUUACAACCUAUACCAUGAUAAUCAGAGUUUAUCUGAUUACAAAGCCAAAAAAAUCAACAUGUUUUUGUUAAUUAUUGCAUACUCAGAAGUGGAAGACUAAUUCGGUUUCACCCUGUGAAUUAAUCCAGGGAUCUAGUCCUUUUGCAUAUGGAAGGACUUUUCCACUUGUUGGAUUUUUUUUUCUAAAUUUUUUUUUUUUUAAAUAGGGAAAACACACAAGUAAUGUGUAAAAUAUUAUGAAGCAAAAUAAGCCAAAAAAGGAAAAGCCACAACAAGGCAGCUCGUUAAGAUUUCUAGAGAACCCAAGUUUUCUAAGUGAAGCUGCUGAAGCAGAAUUUUUCCGCCAGCUCUUUUUUCCUUUUUAAAAACUCUCUUCCUUAAUGAUACUGGUGGGAAUGAGUCAGGUGUCACCACUGCAGUGCUGAAGUGGUCUCAAAAAAACCUGGCUUUUUUUCCUUUUUUCUCUUUUUUCCCCUCAGAGGAGGGUCCACUUCAGCUGCUUCUCCCCUAAUGCCAUCCAAAAGAAAGGCUUUGCAAGUGGGUAGAGCCUGAAAAGGAGGAAGGAUAUGGGUAUUCUGUCUCUGGGAUUGUCAGAAAGGGUUCCAUACACAGUAUUAGAAGUAAUGUUGCAAAUAUACCACUUAAAAGCAGUCUCUUUAGGGUUCAGAGAGAACAUAUAACCCCAACUCCUUAAAAGAUUAAUCUCACUGCUCUGCAAGAAUCCCCGUAUAAUAAGGCUUUUAAAAGUUUCCCUCUUCAAGAGGAAAAUUUUGGCAGGAGCAAUCACUUUUAUAGCGGCCGAGUUGUCACAUCUAAAAAGCAAGCUAAGCCCGGCCAGUGUGGCUCAGGAGGUCAUGGUUUGAUUUCCCGUCAGGGCACAUGCUUGGGUUUCGGGCUCUAUCCCCAGUGGGGGUUAAGCAGGGAGCAGCCAAUCAAUGAUUCUCAUCAUUGAUGUUUCUAUCCCCCUCUUCCUCUCUGGAAUCAAUAAAAAUAAAAUAAAAAGCAAACUAAUAUUUUCCCUACUGGUAGCUCCAUUCUUGGAAAGGAUACAGUUUUCAUCACCCUCAGGGUUUCGGGGUGGCCCUGGCAUAUUCAACAAAACCAACUUUGCUUCAUGGGACUUGUUAACUAUGACCUCAUUGAGCUUCACUGCUGUAUGCAUCCGCCUCACAUUGGACUGGUCCCUGCAGAGGGAAAGGGGAAGAAGGGGGGGGAGGGGGGAAGAGGUGGUUAAGGCAAACAGAAAACUAGGCAUAUCAUCAACAACCUUACAAACGAGAUAUGGAGCUUUUUUGCUUUGAGUAUGAAUGAUAUAAUGAACAAAAUGACUUCCUUAUAAUAUUAACACCUUGGGUUUUCUCACUCUAUGUUUGCUUGUUUAUACCAGGAACACAGUAUAACGAAGGAUGGUUACCUUGUGUACAGUGUUAAUUGGUAGCUGGUAUGCAGAGGCAAACAACAGAGAGAUGGCUGGAUUUGGGGUAAAAUGAACAGAUUCCAUCCUGUGUAUCCUGGCAAAGGCACAUCUGUGGCACUGAUUAGGAUACUGUUAUGUGAUAAGCUUGUGAGCUGGAAAACUUACGGACGCAUGUUAAGCAGGUCCUGGAAUCCUUCCAUUGACUUGGCCCUUUGCCCCCGGGAUGCCAUGUACUUGUCUUUCGUCCAAGUCAUGUGCACCUUCUCCUGAUAGGUUUCUGUCUCUUCAUCCUCAUCAGAGCCAAUGCUGGUCAGUCGUAGCAUUGAAUUCCGGUCUUUCACCAACUGUGCCUGUGGAAGGUCCAACACAGCUCUGACUCUAUUCUGAAACAAUAAUGUGACUGUAGGGGAAUAACUGAUAAAGUGAGAAGAAAAAAAUCUGUCAUCUCAUAAAAACAAUACAGUAUCAUUCCUUUCAGUGACAGAUUUCAAAGGCCAGGAUUAGAUUACUGCCUCAAGGUCUCACCUCUCUGUCCCGCUCUGUUUUGGAGAGUCGCAUGUGCCGGAGCAUCUGGGACCUUUGCUCCAUCAUCAGAGUGCGUUCAUAAGUGUAAGCUGAUAUGUCACUGUCGUGCUGCCACAUAUAUCAGAGUGGGGAGGAAACAGAGAGCAGGAUGAACCACACAUUUUCAUCUUCACUCACAAAAUUAAACCCGACAAAGUAUCACAAUGUCGACCUAAGUUUUACUCCUACUUUUUUGUUUAGUCAUUGAGCCACAUAAACACGACAUUGUAGAACACAGAUCCAACCCAAAAGAAGCCCUGAGAAUCCUGUCCAUAAUCUAACCAUUACAUGUUUCCUUAAAACACAAAACACAAACUCUAGUCUUUUUUUUUUUUUAAUACUGCUAGGUUAUUUUUUUUUAAAGCUGUGAUUUUAGCAUGAAUACAUGAAUGAAAACUUAAUGAAAUUAUAUUAAGCAGACAGGAAUCUGACAGAAAUAUCAGGGCUAUGUAACAAAAAAGAAAACAAAAAAAUUAAAAACCACCAAACACACAUCACAUACACAUUCUACUUAUUUAGAUCACUAUAUUAGGGUUGUGUUGGAACUAAAGGAUAAAUCCACAUCUGCAGCUAAAGAAUUUCCAACCAGAAGAGGUACUAGGAAGACAAGAUAGGGGUGGGGGAAGGGUGGUUUCUUUGGUCUCACACAGCUUUCUCACCAUCUCCACCACUUCCACCUCUGCCUCAAUGCGCAGGUGAUACAGGAAGGUGGCCAGGUCCUUCUUCAUCUGAAUACUGUUGUCCUCUAGCUGGGCUACUGUGAAGAUCCGUAUGUUGCAUUUGCGCCAUACCUGAUAAAGGACCAUACGCACACGGAAAAUUUUAUGUAAGAAGGCAAAAGUGACAUUUCUUACAACACAAGGCACUGUUACCUAGAACACCUUGCUAGAGUGUCAGAGUAUUGAUUCCUAGUGUCCUACUUGCAACAUUAUUGUACUAGGGCAAAAGUUUGACAAGAAACACAUUAAAUACUGUUUUAAGCAGGCCUUUUUUUUAAAAAAAAACAACCUGAGGAUAUGUUUUUACUGAUUUUUAGAGAGAGAGGAAGGGGGAGAGAGAAACAUCGAUCAGUUGCCUUCCAAAUGCGCCCCACUGGGGAUCGAACCCACAACCUAGGUAUAUGUGUCCUGACUGGGAAUCAAACCCGCAACCUUUUGGUGUAUGGGACGAUGCUCCAACCAACUGAGCCACCUGGUCAAGACUGUUUUAAGCAGUUCUUAAUUUCAUAACAAGAAAACACCUGGCAAGAAAGGAAAAGAUGGCGUGUGAUACAUUAAGAGGGUGCUUUAUUCAGAUAGCAUAUUGACACCAUGCAUACAGACUAUAUUAUUUUAAAUUUCAGUUUAACUGACACACAAACAUGCACGUUUACCCUUUUCCAAAUUCGAAAGACCUUGGUCUUUUCUUUUUUUUUUUAAGAAUGUGUUUAGCCAGGCCGGUGUGGCUCUGAAUGAGCGUUGACCUAUGAACCAGGAGGUCAGGAUUUGAUUCCUGGUCAGAACACAUGCCUGGGUAGUGGGCUUUGAUCCCCAGUGGGGGAGCGUGCAGGAGAUAGCCGAUCAAUAAUUCCCUCUCAUCACUGAUGCUUCUCUCUUUCCCUCUCCCUUCCUCUCUGAAAUCAAUAAAAUAAAAUAAAACGAAAGAAGAAAAUGUUUACUUGUUAAUGUUUUUUCCAGGCCUCAUAUAUAACUUUAUCAAUUUAUGGGAUUUCAUUUAGAGAUAGGUAAAUAUCAACUACAAAGGAAAUAUUUCUCAUAAGGUUGAAACUGGAGAGCCAAGAAUAAUCCCCAACUCUUCUGAUUCUAGGCCUUAACACUAUACAAUCAAAGAGGAAGAAUUUAUCUAAUAAACAGGACAGAAGUUAAGGGAGAAAGACUUUUUAAAAGAUGUCUAAAAUACCUUGUACUGUUUAAGUAGGAAUGGUAACAGCAUGAGCAUCCCCCCAUCAUGCACAAUCCACCACACGUCAAUGUUGCCCUCAGAAAAUUGCUCCACGUUGCUGGGAAAGAACGAGAUGUUUUUCGCCACUAGCAGGGCCAGAUGGGCAGCAGUUGUCACUCGAACUGUGCC